AUGCUGACUCUUAUCCAGCUGAUUGCUUUUCUUUUUUUGUCUAAUAUCAGCUCAAGUGAUGCAGAGAAACUUUUUCAUAAGCGGGAUCAUUCUGAUGUGCAGAUGCUGGCUUCUCAUCGUGCUGGGGCCAUUACUGACAGAUACACUGCAGAGCAAUUUCUCUCAAGAUAUGGGUUCAUCAAGCCAGUUAACUGGGAGGAAAUUCAGUUUGAUGAAACAUCUUUCAGUGGAGACUUCCUGGAUGAAUUUCAAGCCACGAUUCAAGAGGGAACCUCAGCGUCUCAUUCGAGAGACACUCCUCCAGCUGGUGAUCCAGACGGGCACGAGAGUCAGACUGAGAGCCAGGCAUUUAUUUCAGCACUUAAAGAGUUUCAGAGGGUGUCAGGCCUUCUUGUCACGGGCGUGUUUGACGAGGCCACCAAGGAGGCGAUGAACAAACCUCGAUGUGGAGUCCCGGAUAUGGAGGUCGACCUCAACACCCCGGCGGCACCUGAGAGCUCGAGUGACUCCGAGACCAGCGUGAGCGAUCACUCUGAUGAGACUGACAGCAGCAGCACAAUCAGCGACGCUGCGUUUGGCAUCGCAGGUUCAGAAAAUGAUACAUUCAGUUUUAACGACACGGAAGACGCUCUGACAGGGAUUUCCAACAACACCAGCGUGAGUCACACAAACGAGUCCUCAGAGGUCACUUCUCAAAACGGCUCACAGGACAUGAGAGCGAGCAGGCAAAUGGCAAAUGUCAGUGUCAACACGCAGCAGAGGAAGCCUCUCCUCACCGACCUGGUGUCCAAACGCAGACGCAAGAGGGAGAGUGGCUUCAUGGCCUUUUCUAAGGAGGUGCUGAGGUGGAGGCUGAUCGGAGAAGGGUACAGCAGCCAGCUGACCGUCGAAGAGCAGAGGUACAUCUUCAGACUGGCCUUCAGGAUGUGGAGUGAAGUGUCGCCGCUGGAGUUUGUGGAGGAUACUCGUUCCCCUUUAGAGGAUGUCGACAUCAAGCUGGGAUUUGGAACAGGAAGGCAUUUGGGAUGCAACCAGAGGUUUGACGGCACUGGCCAGGAGUUUGCCCACGCCUGGUUCCUGGGUGACAUACACUUCGAUGACGACGAGCAUUUCACUGGUCCUAAUGCAGGCAGUGGGAUCAGCCUCCUGAAAGUGGCAGUUCAUGAGAUUGGCCAUGUUCUGGGACUACCCCACAUCUACAGGCCGGGGUCAAUAAUGCAGCCCAGCUAUCUGCCCCACGAGGCAGCCUUCGAGAUGGACUGGAUGGACCGGAAAGAGAUCCAGCAUCUUUAUGGGGGCUGCAGGGGUCGGUUCAACACCGUGUUUGACUGGAUAAGGAGGGAGAGGACGUCCUACGGGGAGGUGGUCCUCCGGUUUAACACCUACUUCGUGAGGGACGGCUGGUACUGGCUGUACGAGAACCGGAACAACAGGACGCGCUACGGGGACCCGGUGGCUCUGCAGGCCGGCUGGCAGGGCGUUCCCGGGGACGGGGUGGACGCGCACGUGCACGUGUGGUCCCGCAGAAGAGAUGCUGUGUACUUCUUCAAAGGCACUCAGUUCUGGAGAUAUGACACUGAGAAUGACAGGGUGUUCAGGCAGGACCCAGAUGGACACAUCUACCCCAGGCUGAUCUCAGAGGGCUUCCCAGGGGUCCCCGGCCCCAUCGACACGGCCUUCUACGACCGAAGGGACUCUCACAUCUACUUCUUCAAGGGCAAUCAGGUGUAUGCAUUCGAUGUGGAAGCCAACAGCUUGGCAAGAGGCUCCCCCAAAAACAUCAGAAAUGUUUUCCCUCCAGUGGUGAGCAGAGACCAUCCAGAUGGUAACGUUGACGCUGCCUACUUCUCCUACACCCACAACGCCAUCUUUCUGCUCAAGGGCACGCGCUUCUGGCAAGUGGCGGGCAGCCGCGAUCGCCGGCGCAGGCCCUUCCUGCCGCGGAACGGCCUGCUGCCGCACAGGGAGGUGGACCAGCACUGGUUUGACAUCUGCAACGUUCAUCCCACCACACUCAGACUGACGCGCUGA